AUGACCCAAAGCCAGACCAGCAGCUGCCGGGCUCUCAGUGGCUGCCUCCAGGUGAUGGACACCCUGGUCCAGGCCUUCACGUUCACUGCCCCUCAGGUCAGCGCCGCCCGCAGCCCAGAGUCCCGAGCCCUGCCCUUUGUUACGCGGUGGACCCCGCCAUCAGACCCGGCCCCCGGCCCCCGGAGCCUUCGGUUCCAGCGUGGGGUACACAGGCCCCCACGGGCAGGGCGCAGCAACUCCACACGCUACAGCCCCGCACCGGGACGCCUGGGCCCGGUGCCCACCAGCCCCUCACGCCCAAAGCCGCGCGCGGCCCCCUGCCCGGACCGGAUCAGGUACGUAUCCUUAUGUAAUCGCCCAGGGGCCACGCCUUUCCCACCGCCCCACCUCCGCCAGGACAAAGUGAAGUUUAAAAUAGAAACCAAUUACCUGGCCUCGGCGGCGCCGGGGCCCCUAGAGCGCGAUCCGCGCCGCCGCGCGCACCCCCGCCCGGCCAGGGCCCCGAGCAGACCCCAGCCCGGGCCUCCACUGCCCCGUCCCCCGCAGACCCCCGCCCCGAUCCCCACUUCCCCGUUCCGCGUGGACCCUCGCCCCGGCCCCCACUGCCCCGUUCCGCGUGUACACCGGCCCCGGUCCCUAUUGCCCCGUUCCCCGUGGACCCCCGCCCGGGCUCCCCUCGCCCCAGUCAGGACCCCACUCCCAGACCAGGCCCUCACGCCCGGGCCAAGCCCCCCCCAACAUCUCCUCCCCAGGGCGGCCCCACCCCCAGCUCCAUCCCCCACUCGCUCCGGCGAGCCCGAUCCCUCCCCAGCUAGACCCCCUCCGGCCCGCACGGACCCCCGCCUUUGUUACGGUGCGAACACCGCCGUCCGCCCCGGGGCGAAGCGGCGCCGCGGCUCCAACACUGAGCAGAUGCUGCGCGACCAGUCGGCCCGCACACUUCCACACACCACCACCACUCAUAAUCCGAGGAAAGUGGGUGCCGGGCUAAACCGCAGGAAACGCGGGGCGGCCCGGGACGCUCCCCGCGCGUGA